AUGUUCAAAGUUAUUGCGUGUGACCUCAAGCAAAUGUUCAAACUUAAGUCGAGAGUGGAACACACGGUGAUUACGAUCACUGAAGCCGUCGAAGAGCAGCUACAGCAGACGCGGCAACUCCCGCGGUCCGCGGUCGCGGUACGAGCUACAUGGGAGGGAACGGGUGAGGGAUGGCCAGGAAGGACUCGGAUACGUUACCUAGUAGUGCGUGGGCGUGGGGCGAGGGUGAGUAGUCGCGCGGGUGGCGGGCGCGGUCGCUCGUGCGGUCAGCGGUCGCGCGGCGCGGCCAUGGCGCGCGGCAGGCGGCGGCGACUCGCGCACUGCCGGCCGGCCGCCGCCGCCGCGCCCCGCCCGCCCCCCGCGCAUGCGCCCUCCCCGCCCCACGCGCCGCCCGCCCAGAGCGAAUUGAUCAACGUUUCUCGAUUGCGA